UGUAACCCCAAAUUAGUUUAUUAAAUGUAACGCCAAAUUACUAUUCUAGCCCUUUGAAAUCUCCCUCCUCUUUCCUCUCCAUCUUCACAAAAAAAACCCAAGUCACCAUGGGAGAUCCUCGUCACUCUUUCGUCCAUCAUGCUCUUGGUGGUGGCACAGUUGCUGAUGUGUUGUUGUGGAGGAGACGAUGCGCUAGUCUUACUCUGCUUAUCAGCUCAACAGUGCUUUGGUUUCUAUUCGAGCGUGCUGGCUACAAUCUCUUAUCCUUUAUUGCCAAUGUCUUGUUGCUUAUAGUUUUCAUUCUCUUCUUCUGGGCAAAAUCUGCUACACUUCUCAACAGACCUUUACCUCCAAUUCCUGAUAUGGAAGUUCCCGAGGAAUUUGUUGUCAAGGUUGCUGAUACAAUGCGUGUUUGGGUAAACCAUAUACUGUUGAUUGCACAUGAUAUUGCUAUCGGUGGGAACUUGAAACUUUUCGGUUGGGUUGCUCUUGGCUUGUGGUUGAUAUCUUAUGUUGGUAGUUUUUUCACAUUCCUCACUUUGCUCUACAUGGGGACUCUUUUUAGCUUGUCUGUGCCUCUGAUAUACGAGAAGUACCAAAUCCAAAUUGAUGACAAGCUUAUUAUAGCACAGAAAGUCAUUCAGAAACAGUACAAAAAAAUUGAUGACAAUGUAUUGAAAAAGAUUUUGAAGUCCUCCAACAAGGAAAAGAAGACUCAGUAAACUGACAUUACUUUGGGCCUGGUUACCUUGAUGUGAUUUCACGACUGAUCCGGACAUAAAUCAGGAAAUUGUAGAGGUAGAAGAUGGUUCUAUGCAAGUCCAUACUAAAAUUGUGAAUUUUUUUUUCUUUCUAUGUUUUAUCUUUUUCCAUUAUCUUUGAUACAAUGAUACUGAGAAUAUAGUGUUAGUGUUGCUAACUUCUCAGUAGUUGAGAUUACUGCAAAUGAUGUACUAAUAGAGAAGGGUGAACAACAACUUUGACAGGUUCAUUGAUAGGACAUGCACGACUUU